AUGCCUCCGCCAAACGAUGUACCCACCCUGAGAUCCUAUUUAGGGGCGAUUAAUUAUUACGGCAAAUACAUCCGAGAGAUGCGGAAACUUCGCCAACCGCUGGAUGAGCUCCUCAAGGAGGGGGCCAGUUUCCAGUGGACAGAUGCAUGUCAACGUUCAUUCAACCGUUUCAAAGAAGUUUUGCAAUCACCCCUCAUGCUGAUUCACUACAAUCCUCGCAUAACGAUGGUAGUGUCAGCAGACGCAUCAAAUGUGGGAAUAGGCGCCCACAUUGCUCAUCGAUUCCACGACGGGUCGGAAAAGGCAGUAUACCAUGCAUCCCGGAGUCUGACUCCAGCCGAAUCCCGCUAUAGUCAGAUCGAGAAAGAGGCGUUGGGCCUCGUAUACGCCGUAACAAAGUUCCAUAGAAUGAUCUACGGCAGACAUUUCAUCCUGCAGACGGACCACAAGCCUCUUGUGGCCAUUUUCGGCUCGAAACAAGGGAUUCCACCUUACACCGCCAACCGUCUCCAAAGAUGGGCACUCACCAUGUUACUCUACGAUUUCAAAAUCGAGCAUAUUUCUACGGAUCAUUUUGGGCACGCCGAUAUACUAUCCCGUUUAAUCAACAGCCACGUAAGGCCGAACGAGGACUACGUGAUUGCGUCCCUCGAAGUGGAACAGGUGAUCUGCAACAUCGUCAGUCAAUCCAUCGAGUAUCUUCCUGUUUCAUACAAAAUGAUAGCAGCCGAGACUACGAAAGAUGAGACGUUGCAGCAAGUUCUGAAAUACGUCAUCAACGGUUGGCCUAACGAUAAGAAAACCAUCUCGGGAGGAUCGGAAGUUCAGCAAUUUUUCGCACGACGUGAAUCUUUGUACGCAGCCCAAAAAGUCUUGAUGUACGGAGAGCGGAUUGUAAUACCGAAGAAGUUUCAACGUAAAAUACUGCAGCAACUUCAUAAAGGGCACCCAGGCGUUGAACGUAUGCGGUCAUUGGCGAGAAAUUACGUAUAUUGGCCAAACAUCGAUGAACACGUUACCGCCCUGGUCCGAUCAUGUUCAGAAUGUGCUUCUGUCGCAAAGACUGACACCAAAACAAAGCUGGAGUCAUGGCCCAUCCCCGAAAAACCGUGGCAGAGGGUCCACGUGGAUUUUGCGGGGCCGAUUGACGGAACGUAUUAUCUCCUGCUAGUGGAUCCACUAUCCAAAUGGCCGGAAGUUAUCCCUACAAAGUCAAUAACAUCGGCAGCAACGAUCGCUAUUCUACGCCAGAUCUUCAGUCGAUUUGGUAUGCCGGAAGUUCUAGUUUCCGACAACGGAUCGCAACUUGUGAGUGACGUCUUCGAGCGGUUCUGCGAAUCGAAUGGUAUCAUGCACCUUAAAACAACCCCUUUCCACCCUCAAAGCAAUGGACAGGUGGAAAGGUUUGUCGACACCUUCAAAAGAACCAUGAAAAAAAUUCAGGCCGGAGGGGAAACCUUAGACGAAGCAUUGAAUACGUUCUUACUGUGCUACAGAUCUACACCCUGUCGUAGUGCUCCUGGCGGCAAAUCCCCCGCAGAAGUAUUGCUAGGAAGACCACUGAGGACAUCGUUUGAAUUACUUCGUCCACCCAGUAAGUUCAACAAAAACAACAGCCUCAAGCAGAACCAGCAGUUCAAUACGAAACACGGAGCCAAGGAGAAGUGCUUCGGCGUCCAGGACCAGGUGUAUGUCCAAGUACAUCGAGGCAACGAUUGGAACUGGGUACCUGGAGUGAUAGUGGAGCGAGUGGGUACGGUUAUAUAUAACGUGUGGAUCCCGCAACAGCAACAGUUAAUUCGCAGCCACAACAAUCAACUGCGAAAACGCUACGGAAGUGAAGUACCAACAAUGUCUGAAACAGAUCCGUCCAUUUCGCUUGAUAUCCUGCUAGGUUCGUGGGGAUUGAAUCCUAGUGCUGCUCCAGAGGAAGUGAUACCACCAGCCGAACCUGAAGAGCUUAACGAAAUCCAGCGAGAGUUCAUGCGCGAGCUCAUUGAACCACCAGCUACGCAUCGGCGAGCUCGUGGAUCCGUUCGACAACCUGAUCCUGAGGAUGUGAUUCAGCGCCGAUCAACGCGCCAUCGUCGGGCGCCAGCUAGAUAUGAACCGUACCAGAUCUACUAA